AUGACAGUUGAAACUGUACUGUUGACACAGGUUGGUACACAGAUUAUAAAAAGAAGUAAAUGCCACAGAGUUUAUGAUGAGAGCAAACAGGAUAACUAUACAGAGGAUUUAAUAAACUGUGGGAAGAGGUUGGGAAAUGCAAUGGGGUUGGGAAGAGAGAUUGAUUCCAAGAUGGCCGAGAGUACUAAAUUUUGGGGUAUGGCACCUAUCAUCCUGAAGAUGAGCAAAGACCCCACCAACUUCUACAUAGGUCGAGCACUGUGGUUCAGCAUUACUUUUUUUUAUAUUUCAGUUGUGUAUGUAGUGCAAAACACCUGGCUUCACCUGGAUGUAGACUUCCAGUGCCAUGGAAAUAUCUCCAAAACCUGUCUGGCAGAAUGCUAUGAGAAUCACUUCACGAGGCCUAUAUUAGGAGUUUGGUAUGUGGUUGGCUUUGCCUUUUCCUCCAUUUUUUUUGUGAUGGAGUUUUUUGUCUCUCAGACCGUGCAUAAGCAAACCAAGAUAUUUAAGAAGGCAUCUUUGGAAAAGGAACCCCAUGGCUCUGAGAGAAACGCAGACCACGUAGACACAAAGGAAGAUGAGAUUUUUGACUUAUCCCGGGAGAAGCCCCUCCUGAUAAUGUAUCUUGUCUACUUUCUCAUUCAGUGGUCUGUACAGGUGAUCUUCUUGGUCAUUCUCAUUCACUAUCACCUACCACUGAUUAAAAAACCCAUUCAGUGCAGUACCCACAUGUGUCAUGGACCUUAUGCAUGCGUGCUGUUGGGGACACAGGAAAAGAUGAUGUCCAUCAUACUUCUGGCUACACUGUCAGUGGUUAUCAUGAUGUUUUGUAUUAUGUUUUUCCUGUAUACCAUUAACACAUACAUAGUCAUGGGACAGAAAUCGACCUGA